AUGCCCGAGGUCUACAACGUCACCACGCAAAAGUCGCUUGACGCCGAAAAUCCGCCUUUGAUUGAGGAGCCGACCUCGCCUAAUCGCAAGAAGUCCUCAUUCCGUCACGGACGUCACGGAGCUCCGUGUGAGAAGUGUGGGCACGUCAACACACCCACAUUCGUCUACCCAGUCGAGAUCUACCCGCCACCCCGUCCAGCUGACCGUAUCCGUCCCGACAACCGCAAUUUCGUGAGCUUCGUUCUCCUUCUCUGCGUCCUCAUCUUCCUCUUCUACGUUGCCGUCAAGUAUUUG